CUGGUACGUCAUAUGCCGGCGCCGGAACUUGCUUGAGACCCUGUGAGGAGUCACUUGGUCUGGAUUAGCGGACAGCGAGGUUUCCCGGUGCUGCGUAGGAGGGGAAUUGGUAGGUUGCGAUUUGAGCGAACAAUGGACACACAAAAGGAAGUUCAGCCUCCAAAGCAGCAGCCAAUGAUAUAUAUCUGUGGAGAAUGUCACACAGAGAAUGAAAUAAAAUCCAGGGAUCCAAUCAGAUGCAGAGAAUGUGGAUACAGAAUAAUGUACAAGAAAAGGACUAAAAGAUUGGUAGUUUUUGAUGCUCGAUGAAAUGUGGAAUUCAGAGGAAUAUCUUCUUUUGGAUUUGGAUUUGCUGUUUCUCGUUGUGUAUAGCUUUUCUUAGCAUAUUUUAGGAAUAUAACUUUAUACAAUUUAUUUUACUUUAAAAACUUAUAUUUAGAUGUCAAUAGUUUGUAUAAAGAAAUUAUUUUUUGUUCAGUUACAUGAGUCAUAAUUUAAUUUUAAAGCAUAUGUAAUCUACCCCAGUAUGAAGAUUGAAAUUGCUUCCCCAAAUACACUUCUCAUAAAAACCUAGCAUCAUUUGGAGCCCUUAUGAAAAAUGGAGUUUUCUCCAGCCCUCUAAAGAUCUGAGUAACACUUGGAAGACCCUGUUUUACAUCAUCAACUGUUGUAAACUCUAGCAUUAUUUUGUAUGGAGUACACUAGUGUAUUUACUGUCUGUGCAUACAUGUCUUUGGGUUAUAUAUUUCAUUUGUUACUUGGCAUAGGUAUUUCUAUGUGUAUUUUGUUUCACUAAUUUUGGCAAAAACAAAUUUUAAUGGUUGCUUUCUGUAAGACAAAAUAAAACCAAUGAUGGGGCAGACAAUUACGGCAGGUAUUCUCAGGUUUUAGCAUUUGUUAAGGUAAAAUAUUCUUUCAGAAUAUAAAAAUAAAGAUUGGUUAACGUUGAAUUACUGGAUAAAGUUUAAAACUUUUGCCUUGAUUUUAGAAAUAAAGAAUUGAUGGCCCUGCCUGUAUUCUUGUUGCUGGAUUCCAUCACUGUGGAAUUUCAUGUUUACUUACUAAUAACCAUUUUGAAGACUGAAUCUAUUCCAACUUUGUUAAUAUCUACAUGUGUCUCUGACAUUUGAGAAAUUUGCCAUUUUAUUCAUUUUUUUCUACAAGUACACCACCUUUAUUUGCAUGAUCUAUGGGAUACUCUGAAUCUCUCCUGCUACUGAGAUACAAACAAAUUCAAAUCAGAUUUACACAUGCUGACUGAUUUUGGUAGCUGUUUCAGUCAGGAUCAUCAGGGAAAUGCCUGUACCAGAUAGGCAGUGUAAUUGCACCACUCUAGAAAAUUUGACUUUAUGCUUCUUCUGUUCCCCAAAGAAGCUGCAAAUCCUUCCUUUUGGCCAGAGCAACCAGAGAUUUAAAAGUCAUUGGUAGUUGGCAAGGUCUGCAAGCACUCUUCUGUUGAGCUCUACUUUGUACUUAGAAUGCCAGUGAGUGCUGGGUACUUCAGGCCAUGUACCUGGAAGUCAAGUUAGACAGUUAACCAGAGGGUACUCACGUUCAUUUUAUUCAGUGAAUCCUCUUACACCCCUACCUCUGGGGUACCCCUAUACCCCAGUUCUUCUAUGUAUAAAUAAGUAAAAAAUAAAUUUUAAAGUUAAAAAAUGUAAUGUUAAGAAUCAUUGACGGGCCUCCCCGGUGGCGCAGCAGUUGAGCGCUGGGUUGCGAAGCUGCCCGCAGCCUCUGCAGCGCCGGUUCGAUCCCCGGCUGCUCCCAGCCACCGGAGGAGGGUCCCACAUGGCGCGCAGACCUCUCCUGCCGCCUGCUGCUUCCCUCAGCAGUGUACUUCGGUCCUUCUGCCUGCUCUGCACCCCGCUCUGGCUCUGGUGAAUUCUCUCACCCUCCCGCGCUUCUGACUGUACCCAGUGCGUGUAUAAAUAAACAA